AUGUCUUUCGAGCCUAGAGGCGUUGAUUUAUUGAUUCCUUAUUUGUUUCUUUUUCUUGUUUAUAAAUUCAGUUUUUUCUUUCUUUUUUUUUUCUCUUUUCAUUUUCUCGCCAUCUUUUAUUUUUUCUUUCUUUCCCCCGUAUUAAACUUCUUUCUUUCUUUCUUUCUUUCUUUCUUUUACAUCUUCCUUCUUUCCUUCAUCCUUUUUUCGUUUCCAUCUUUCUUCCUUCCUUUCUUCAUUUCUUUCUUUCUUUUCAAAUCUUCCUUCCUUCCUUUGUUUCUUUUUUUCUCUCUGUCUUUCUUUCUUUCUUUUUUCUUUUACAACUUCCUUCUUUCCUUCAUUUCUUUCUUUUCAAUCUUUCUUCCUUCCUUUGUUUCUUUCUUUCUCUCUGUCUUUCUUUCUUUCUUUCGUUCUUUCUUUCUUUCUUUCGUUCUUUCUUUUCUAUCUUUCUUCCUUGCUUCCUUUCUUUCUUCGUUCCUUUCUUUCUUUCUUCCAUUCCUCAUUUCUUUCUUUCUUUUCCAUCUUUCUUCCUUUAUUUCUUUCUCUCUUUUCCAUCUUUCUUUCUUUCUUUCUUUUCUAUCUUUCUUCUUUCUUUUACAUCUUCCUUCUUUCCUUGAUUUCUUUUUUUCGUUUUCAUCUUUCUUUCUUCCUUUCUUCAUUUCUUUCUUUCUUUUCCACCUUUAUUCCAUCCUUAGUUUCUUUCUUUCUCUCUGUCUUUCUUUCUUUUUUCUUUUACAUAUUCCUUCUUUCCUUCCUUUCUUUCUUUUCCAUCUUUCUUCCUUUCUUUCUUUCUUUCUCUCUAUCUUUCUUUCUUUCUUUCUUUUACAUCUUUCUUUCCAUCUUUUUCUUUUCUUUCUUUCUUUUUCUUUCUUUUACAUCUUUUCUUUUUUCUUUUUACAUCUUCCUUUCUCUCUAUCUUUCUUUUCUUUCUUUCUUUUUUACAUCUUCCUUCCUUUCUUCAUUUCUUUCUUUCUUUCCAUCUUUCUUUUGCUUUUCCUUUCUUUUUCUUUUUCCUUUCUUCAUUUCUUUUCUUCCUUUUCCAUCUUUUCUUUAUUUCUUUCUUUCUUUUCCAUCUUUCUUUUUCUUUCUUUCUUUUACAUCUUCCUUCUUUUCCUUCAUUUCUUUCUUUCUUUUCCAUCUUUCUUCCUUUUGCUUCCUUCCUUUUCUUUCUUCUUUCUUUCUUUUCCAUCUUUCUUCCUUUCUUUCUUUCUUUCUCUCUAUCUUUCUUUCUUUCUUUCUUUUACAUCUUCCUUCUUUCCUUCAUUUCUUUCUUUCUUUUCCAUCUUUCUUCCUUGCUUGCUUCCUUUCUUUCUUUCUUCCUUUCUUCAUUUCUUUCUUCCUUUUCCAUCUUUCUUCCUUUAUUUCUUUCUUUCUUUUCCAUCUUUCUUUCUUUCUUUCUUUUACAUCUUCCUUCUUUCCUUCAUUUCUUUCUUUCUUUUCCAUCUUUCUUCCUUGCUUGCUUCCUUUCUUUCUUUCUUCCUUUCUUCAUUUCUUUCUUCCUUUUCCAUCUUUCUUCCUUUAUUUCUUUCUUUCUUUUUUCCAUCUUUCUUUCUUUCUUUCUUUUUACAUCUUCCUUCUUUCCUUCAUUUCUUUCUUUCUUUUCCAUCUUUUCUUCCUUUUAUUUCCUUCUUUCUUCCUUUCUUCAUUUCUUUCUUCCUUUUCCAUCUUUCUUUCUUUCUUUCUUUUACAUCUUCCUUCUUUCCAUCAUUUCUUUCUUUCUUUUCCAUCUUUCUUUCUUUUCCAUAA